AUGCUUACCAACAACAGGGCGGCAGAUGGGGAUGAUGGGAUCCGGUUGUUGGAUGAGAAGGACUUUAGCACCGCCAUCAUCGAAACCUCAGAAUGGCUUCCAUCGGAUGACAGGCGUUCCGACGAAGCUACCCGCUUUCUGGACCCUGAGAAGGCGGACGUUGACGCCGCCGGCGCCGAUCACCACCCCGCGCCAGAAGCUUCGCCGUCCGAAUUAGACGGCCGCGAACCAUUCGAUCCCAUCUUGUGGUCCGCUAGGAAGCGGUGGACUCACAUCUUAGUGGUCGCCUUCAUUACAUGCGUCACUCCCUUAGCCUCCGCCGUGUACACGCCGGCGUUAGACCAGGUGAUCCGCGACUUCGGUAUCGAAGACGACCCCUCACUGGCGCACCUGACGGUUUCGGCGUACGUGCUGGGGUUCUCAGCCGGGCCGCUGCUGAUCGCGCCGUUGUCCGAGGUGUUUGGUAAGAGGCCAGUGUACCAGGUCAGCAAUGUGCUUCUUCUCCUCUGUAAUCUGGGCUGCAUGGUCGCGCCGUCGGCGGAGUGGCUCGUCUUCUUCCGGUUCCUGGCGGGGUGCGCCGGGGCGAGCCCGAUCACGCAGGGCUCCGGGACGGCGACGGACGUGAUGCUGAAGCAUGAGCGGGCGCGGGCGUUGUCGGUGAUGGCGUUCGGGAGCGUCUGCAGUCCUGCGGUCGGGUCUGCGCUCGGAGGCGGGAUCGCGCAGGUUUGGGGCUGGAGGGGGUGCUUUGGCUUCCUGGUUUUUAUGUGUUUGAUGAGUACCAUCCUCACGCAGGUGUUCAUGCGCGAGACGUACUUGCCGGUGCUUCGGCGCAAGUACGCCGCAAUGGGCAUUGUUGGUAACGUUGACGGUGAGGUGGACGAGAGCAAGACCGUUGCACCCAAGCCGUUGCGGUCGCUGCUCUACAAGGCGGCGAUCCGGCCUUUGACCUUAGCCUUCGAGCCUAGUAUCUUGCCAGCCAUCAUGGUUACAUCGUUCUUCUACGGCCUCCAGGUUUGGCUGUACAUCGAUGUGCCGAUGACUUACAAGACGGUAUAUGACUUCAACACCGCCGAGGCCGGUCUGGCAUUUGCCGGCAUGGGCGUCGGCAUGUUCACCGGACUCCUCAUCUUCGGCUUUCUGAGCGAUGUCGUGGUUUCGAGACUUGCGCGCGGCGGUGAUAGGCUUCCAGAGCACCGUCUCCCGCUGCUGAGUGCCGCUGCUCUCCUGGUUGUGGCUGGCAUGAUUAUAUUUAACAUGACUGCUCGGCCGGGCGUGUCCUACUUGGUGCCCUUGUUGGGCGACUACAUCAUCGGCAGCGGGCUGUUUGCCAUCACUAUGACAUCGGCCGUAUACAUCAUUGACCUUUCACCCCAGCAUGCGGUGGCCACCAGCGCCUCGCUUGCUCUUCUGAGAUACCCCUCCGGCGCAUUGUUUCCGCUGGCGGAGCAAGCUUUGGAAAAUUUGACCAGCAACAGCACCGCAAACACCGCCGUUGCGGACACCCAGAGCUUCGAGCUCGACGACUACAAGCCCAUUGCCGAGCGCAAGACCGCCGACGACCGAGCCGCCCGGCGCGAACAGAAGAGACUUUGGAAGAAGCAGUGGCUCGAGCAGCAGGACGACAUGAAGUUCUCCCACAGCAUCCAGUUUAAUGCUGUUCCGGACUGGAGCAGUCAUUACAUUGCCUACAGCAACCUCAAGAAGCUGAUCUACCAGCUCGAGAAGACCGUCCACCAGACGAGCGCAGGCGAUGCCGAAUCGAGACCUCUCAUCCGAAAUGAGGAGCCGGAAGAUGUCUUCAGCCGCGCACUCGGCGUAGAGCUGGAGAAGAUUUGCUCCUUUUACGUGGCCAAGGAGGGCGAGCUCUUGGAUGAGGUCAACCAGCUGCUUGGCGACGUCGGCAACUUCUCUUCGGAAGAUGAGGAGGAGAACGGCGGGCCUAGGCGGUCGUUCGGCAGCGGACACCGACCGGGCAUGUCGGGGACCAACGGCAGAAGAUCCGAGUCGAUCGAUGGCAACAUGGACGACAGCGAUGACGAUGAGGACGACGACGAGACCACCGGUCUGACAAAGAGCCGGUCCAGUCUUGGUGGAGGCAGACGCAAGACAGCUCCCAACCUCGGCCACUCCACGACUGAGCUGACGGCGUCGACCGAGCUGACGCUGGGAAGAUCAUUACGACGUUACAGCACCACGCAGGACGAGAUUCCGGACCAGUCCUUCCUCUAUUCGUCGAGCAUCAUGCUCAAGAAGCGUAUCAUCAGCCUCUAUGUCCAGCUCUGUGAGUUUAAGUCGUACGUGCAGCUCAACAGAACGGGUUUCCGCAAGGUGUUGAAGAAAUUCGACAAGAUCGUGGACAGGGAGCUGCGCCCCAAGUACAUGAGCACCCACGUCGAUUCCGCCUACCCCUUCAAGGUGGAGAGCAUCAAGACGAUCGAAGAGAACAUUUCCAAGAUGGAAAAGGCAUACGCUGAGGUUGUCACCAAUGGCGACGAGAACCUCGCCAAGAGAGAUCUGCGGUCUCACCUCCGCGAACAUGUCGUCUGGGAGCGAAACACUGUCUGGAGAGACAUGAUCGGUAUGGAGCGCCGUGCUGAAGCUGCCAGCUUGGGCAGAACCCUGCUGGCUAGAGACGGUUUGUCCGGCGCUCGACGACUUCAAGGAGAUGACGAGCUCGCCCCCGUCACAAAGGAGGUGGUUACUCCCGUGGGACGCUUCGUCGUCCCGACCUGGGUGGCCAGCACGCCCUUGCUUACCCUUCUGAUUGCGUUUGUCAUCUUCUUCCUGCUCCUCUUCAUUCCCAUCAUGGAGAAGCCUGAGCAGCAAAACUGUUUGGCACUGAUUGUGUUCGUCAGCAUCUUGUGGGCUACGGAGGCCAUUCCAUUAUUCGUGACUUCACUGAUGAUCCCCUUCCUCUGCGUUGUCUUGACUGUCGUUCGCUCAGAGGACAAGCCGCAUAGGAGGCUUGAUUCCAAGGCUGCUACCUCGUACAUCUUCUCGGCCAUGUGGACACCCGUCAUCAUGCUUCUCCUGGGUGGUUUCACCUUGGCGGCUGCAUUGUCUAAGUGCAAGAUUGACAAGCGACUUGCCACGUUUGUUCUGAGCAAGGCGGGAACCACCCCCCGGACGGUUCUCAUCGCCAACAUGCUGGUCGCCGCUUUCGCGAGUAUGCUGAUUAGCAAUGUUGCUGCUCCUGUCCUUUGCUUCUCCAUUAUCGAGCCAAUGCUGCGCACAUUGCCUUCUGAGUCCAACAUGUCCAAGGCGGUCAUCAUGGGUAUUGCACUUGCCUCCAACAUUGGUGGCAUGCUGUCGCCCAUCGCAUCGCCGCAGAACGUGGUUGCUGUUGGAAUCAUGAAGCCGGCGCCUACCUGGAUCCAGUGGUUUUUCAUUGUCAUUCCCGUUGGCGUUGUCUCGCUGCUCGUGAUCUGGGUUCUGCUUCUCAUCACUUUCCAGCCAAGCAAGGGAACCACAAUUGCCCCCAUUCGUCCUGUGAAGGAGAAGUUCACCGGCAUUCAGUACUUUGUCUCCAUCGUAACGAUUGUCACAAUCGGUCUGUGGUGCGCCAGCCAUCAGUUGGAAGGCGUCUUCGGAGACAUGGGUGUCAUUGCCAUCAUCCCCAUCGUCCUGUUCUUUGGUAUUGGUAUUCUGACCAAGGAAGACUUCAACAACUUCCCGUGGACCAUCAUUAUCCUGGCUGCUGGAGGCUUGGCUCUGGGCAAGGCGGUCAAGUCAUCUGGCCUGCUGCACACCAUCGCCGGCGUGGUGACCAAGGAGGUCGAGGGCAUGAGCCUCUACGGAGUUCUUGUUGUGUUCUCGUCCCUGAUUCUCAUCAUUGCCACGUUUAUCAGCCACACGGUCGCGGCUCUGAUCAUCUUGCCUCUGGUGUUCGAUGUCGGCAGCAACAUGGACGAGCCUCACCCCAACCUGCUCGUCAUGGGUGGUGUACUAAUGUGCAGUGCCGCUAUGGGAUUGCCUACCAGUGGAUUCCCCAACAUGACUGCCAUCAUGAAGGAAGACCCGACCGGCCAGAGAUAUCUCCAAGUGAAGCACUUCAUCAGCAGAGGUGUUCCCAGCAGUAUCCUCACACUGGCUGUCGUUGUGACCCUUGGAUACGGGCUGAUGAGGGUCGCUGGACUAGACUAA